CUAGUACGGCAAUUCAUCGGUUAUCGGUUCUUAACAUUUCGGCUUAACGUGCUUAAACUCAUUUAAAUUUAGACUCCACGCCAGCGACGGUGCCUGCAAUGACAACGCCCACGCGUGACACCCUGGAGAAAGCUCUGAAGAGCGACCAGAAGCUUGCGAAGGCAGCCACACAGAUAGCCAAGGAACUGACUUCCAAGGCGUACGACAUAUCUGAUCUGGCCCUCGCACUGGGCUUCGCCUUGUCCUCUCCGGACAUGGAGGAGCGAGUUGCCGGAACCAACCUGCUAUCCGCCGUAUUGAUAGCAAUACCGCAAGAUCUGCUUCAGGAGCGGCAGCUGGAGUUCCUAAUCUCAUUUUACAUGGACCGACUUCGCGACCAUCACAACGUAAUGCCAGCAAUCAUCGAUGGAAUCGACGCCCUAGUCCAUAUGAAAGCUAUACCGCACGCCCAGAUUUCCCUGAUUCUGGAGUCAUUCUUCGAGCAUACCACCUGCCAGUCGCAGACGCGGGGCGACCGCACCAAGCUGUUCCAUAUUUUUCGGUACCUGACGGCAAACUUUAAGGACGAGCUUCAGGCUAUGGCCGGUGACUUCGUUUACGGCCUGAUCAAUUCCAUUGACGGCGAGCGUGAUCCGCGCAACCUCGAUUUAAUUUUCAGUUUCAUGCCCGAGUUCUUGUCUACGUAUCCACUGCUGCAUUUGGCCGAAGAGAUGUUUGAGAUCUUUGCGUGUUACUUUCCAAUUGACUUUAAUCCCAGCAAGCAGGAUCCGGCGGCCAUAACCCGCGAUGAAUUAGCAAUGAAGUUAACCAACUGCCUGGUAGCAAACAACGAAUUUGCAGAGGGCACAGUGGUACUGGCCAUAGAAAAGCUGGAAAGUGAGCUGCUGGUUGCCAAACUGGACUCCAUAGAACUGCUGCACCAAGCUGCCUUGAAGUUUCCGCCUUCCGUUCUGGAGCCGCACUUCGACCAGAUCUGGCAGGCUAUAAAAACAGAGACAUUUCCGGGAAAUGACAAUGAGGAGAUAUUAAAGUCCUCCCUUAAGGCUUUGUCUGCACUCCUGGAGAGAGCUUCUCACAUACCCGAUAUAAGCCACAACUAUCAGAGCUCUAUUCUGGGCGUAAUCCUGCCGCACCUCAGCGAUGUCAAUCAGCGGCUCUUUCAUCCUGCCACCGGCAUUGCCUUAGUUUGCGUAUCGGGAGAUGCGCCCUAUGCAGCGGACAAAAUCCUCAACAGCUUUUUGCUCAAGCUUCAGGCCGCAGAUGCCAGCUCUGAACAACGAAUCAAGAUCUAUUACAUAGUUAGCCAAGUCUAUAAGCUGUCUGCGCUGCGUGGCUCUCUGCAGAAAUUGAACACCACGAUACGUGAGUCUGUGCAGGACGAUGUAAUCGCCUCCUUGCGCCUAAUCGAACAGGAAGAGUUUGAUGCCGAAAAGGAGGACUUGGAGUUGCAGAAGGCAGCCCUUUCCGUGCUAAAUGAAAGUGCUCCCGUUCUCAGUGAAAAACAACGCGCUUUGAUUUACAAAGCUCUGGUUCAGCUUAUCACCCAUCCGUCAAUCGACAUUGAUUUCACCACACUAACAAUCAGUCUUGGAGCCCUGCAACCGGUGGAAGUGCAGUCAAAUUUCAUUGAUGUUUGUGUACGGAAUUUCGAGAUUUUCUCCACAUUUGUCAAACGAAAGAUAUACACCAAUUUGUUGCCGCUCAUGCCUCAAAUAGCGUUUACUCAACGCAUUCUAGAUCUGGUUAUGACACAGACGUUUAACGAUAAUACUGCAGAGCCCGUGCGUUUAUUGGCCUUGGAAGCUUUAAACAAAUUGCUUCUUCUACAGGACCAGCGCUUUAUCGUGGACCUGCAGCAGGAAUCCAAUCUUCUUUACAAGCUUAUCGAAAUGGGCCAGAGGACCGAGGGUCUGUCUCUGCAGUCGCUAGAACAGAUUGCGGGUGCUUUGAGCCGUAUCACCCAGCAGCUCCCGCUCUCCGAACAGAGCGCUAUAGUAAGCGAGUACCUUCCUGGACUCAACCUGAGUCAAUCCGCUGAUUUGUACAUUACCAAGGGGCUCCUUGGCUACCUUCAUAAAGACAUAACCCUUGAUGAUCACUUUGAGCGGCUUUUGACCGAUUUGACACAGCUUUCUCUUAAUACGGAUAACGAACAGUUGCGUGUAAUUGCUCAUCAUCUGCUUUGUAGCAUGGUCAACAAGAUGGAGUGUAACCCAGCUAACCUAAGCAAGGUAAAAAAAAUCACGGAUCAGCUGAAAGUGGCAAUUAAAAAGGGCGAUGUGCGAGCUGUGGAGAUCCUUGCCUGGGUGGGGAAGGGAUUAGUAGUCGCAGGAUUUGAUGAGGCUGCCGAUAUUGUUGGCGAUCUCUCGGAUCUACUGAAACAUCCCAGCUUGAGCACUGCCGCUGCUUUAGGAUUUGACAUCAUUGCCGCCGAGUACCCGGAACUCGAUUUGCCCGUCGUUAAAUUCCUCUACAAGCAGAAGCUUUUCCACACUAUCAUGGGAAAAAUGGGCAGCAAACUGGCCAACUACUGUGUGCACCAUUUAAAGGCUUUUGUCUACGUACUAAAAGCCACGCCACAGGCGGUUAUUAAACUAAACAUUGAGCAGCUCGGUCCGCUGCUUUUUAAGAGCUUAGAGGAGCACAACGAGGCGCAUUCGCUGUGCAUUGCACUGGGCAUCUGUGAAAAGUUUGUGGCGCAGCAGGACACGUACUUCCAAGGGCACUUGGCCCACCUCAUACCCAGCUGCCUGGAGCUAUCAAAAUACAAGGCUCAACAUACAAUGCAAGUUCGAAUUGCGGCACUGCAGUUGCUUUACGAUGUUACCAAGUAUCCUACCUUCGUCCUGUUGCCCCACAAAGUGGAUGUUACUCUGGCUCUGGCCGCCGCCUUGGAUGAUCCCAAGCGACUGGUGCGGAACACUGCGGUUAAGGCCAGGAAUGCUUGGUACCUGGUCGGUGCGCCUAGUACAAAUUAGUAAAAUAACAAUCCCAUUCUUGUUAAUACUUGAAAUCCAAUAAGCGAACGCACAAAUUCUUCAUAA